AUGCUGACGCAACUCUUCAACUGCCGCGGAUGCAAGAAACCGUUUUCAACGUGCGAUGGGCAUCCGCAAAGACCAGUUUUGAAGGACGGGGAAACAACCUGCGCGAGCUGCAGCCCGGAUGGACACGAACCCGCUCUCGGCCUCAUCGAGUUCCUAAAGCAGGCGGCCUUUCGGCCGACGGAAAACGGCUUCUUUUGGAGCACGAAAAUCGCGAUCCCCAAGUGCGCUCGUUGCCCGCGGCUGAUCUGCGCCAUUGAUGGCUGGUGCGUCACCAUUGGCACGUGUGGACACUAUAUCUGCAAAGGUACAACUACACAUUGUUCGAUGGCAUAUACGGUGUCUUUUUUAGGCUGCAACGGCAAACGGCUGGCCACCGGACAAUGGAAGUGCUGGCGCUGCCAACGGGGCUACAACGACCCGCACCCACGCCCCGUCGACGCUGCGGUGACCGAAUUCUUGAACGACUACAGCUCGACGCUCGCGAAACUACCGGGCAAUUUCUGGGACCUCGUGGCCACCUCGAAAGAUCAAUACGAACGCGUCGAGUUUCGUCUAAAGGUCAGCGAGCGUCACGUCGAAGUGCUACGUCGGCGCGUGGAAGAACUCACAGGCGAAUCGGAGCGCACGAAGAUGACGGAAUGCUCGAACUGCUCGGUCGCACGCCCCAUCGAGCGCCUCUAUCAAUGCCGCAAAUGCGAGACGACCGUAUGCGCCGAUUGUCUGUUAGAAGAACACGCUGGCCACGAAUACGACAACGUGCUCAAGUUGCGACUCCCCGAGUGGAAAGCCGAUACAUCGGCUCGACAGGCGAAUAUCAUUGGCGGCUACCAAAGCAAUCUCUGCCACCUUCACACCAACAUCUCGACGGAAAUGCUCGGCGUACUUGAGGCGGGCAGUGCCUUGGUCGACGAGAUGGAUAAGUGUCAGACACAUGCCCAAGCCGACGCCGUCGCUGCCACAAUCGAUAGAGCCAUCCAGAAAGUCGAGACACAAUGCGAAAUCUACAUCCCCGUCGCUCGCAACCUGGCCACCGAGCUCCGAGACAUUCGCGAGGAUCUUCUCAAGAAGCAAUUGCUCCCC